UAUUGUUGUGUUGUCAAUCGAUUAAUCGAAAGGAAAAUUUUAUCCAAGAAAUCGUUAACCGAAUGAAAAUUACCGAUUAUAAUCGGUUAUUCGAUUCAUCGUGCCAUAACUAAUGGUAUCGUAUAGUGUCCCUACUAAAAUCUAAAAAAUAGUUUGCUUACGAAGUGGUUCUUAUGCUCACAAAGCUUUUGUAAUGUCAAAAUGAAAUUCAAUGCUGCUCUUAAUAAUUUAAGAUAGUCAAGCUGUUGAUAAAUAAGAUAUACACUAAUGCAUUUAACGUAAAGCUGGAUUUCAAGAUUUGGUAUACCAGCAAAUAAGAUUUUAAGCGUGGCAUUGCCUGGCCACCAAGCACAGGCUUGAUCAUACCAAGUCAUAAAGUAAUAAAAUCUCUUUUCGUCAAUCGUGUUUUUUUACCGAGAGGUGGAAGGAGUUACAAAAAAUGACGGAAGAAACAUUCAUGCUCGUUUUACUAGUGGCUGUUAUGCUUGUGGGUUCAUACAUCGCAGGGAUGAUUCCACUAAUAAUGAAAUUAAGCGAG